AAUAAAAAAAUUAGGUAUUCCGUCAAUCGUGCAGUUAGCCACCACCGCCAGCACCACGCUAAUGCUGAGUACAAAAAGCGAGAUUUUUUCAACGUGUGGUACAAAAUACAACAGCAUGAUCAUUCGAGGAUUGAUGCUUAUGCCACAAAUGUGAUAACGAAUGAACACGUGCAACAGUAGAUUGGAAAAAUGAUCUGAUAUAUAUUCGCUUUGAAGGUAACCAUUUGGUUUAGAAGUAAUUCGACAGUAAGACAGACAUGAUCGCUUAGAUAAAGAUGAGUAAAUUUGUUUCUUUUGUGGUGUUGAAUUUGUUGUGUCUGUUGAAAUUCGCACUUCCCCAAGCAACCUACCAGUGCGGCAUCAGAGUUUCACUAGUCGGAAGGGGUUCACAAGUGGAAAGGGGCCUGUGGCCAUGGCAUGUGGCUGUGUUUCGGAGGCAAGAAAGAGAUGAACAGUUCAAGUAUUAUUGCGGGGGCACUUUGAUCAGCGAGAGGCAUAUACUAACGGCAGCGCUUUGCGUAGUUGACCAUAAGGAUAGUAGUUCAUUGCAUGUAGAUCCAUAUGAGUUCCAGGUCCACUUGGGUCAGUAUAAUCUGUCGGAGGUAUCCGACAGCGUUAUGAUUCGCGGUGUGACAAAGGCGUACGUGCAUCCAAAUUUUCAAAUAAUAGAAAACGAUAUUGCUGUGCUAGUGAUGCAGUUGCCAGUGAAAUACUCUGACGCCGUGAUCCCAAUUUGUCUACCUCAAAAUGCGGAUGACGUAGAGGAGUUGGUUGGUCAACGCGGCUGGAUUACAGGAUGGAGAAAAAUGGAAAAUGGGGCAAUAUCGGAACUUCUCAGAAUGAUAUCAUUACCCGUGAUUAGUCACGAAAAGUGCAUACAAAGUGAUUGGGCAUUGGCCACCAUUUUACACGAACAUGUUUUCUGCGCUGGAAAAAAUAGUGGAACCAAACCUGGAGAGGGUGACGCUGGUGGCGGAAUAUAUAUAAGUUAUGGCGAUCGUUGGUUGCUUAGAGGAAUCGUUUUUGUCACAUCCGAAAAUUCUGUGUACACCACGUUCCUCAGUGUUCAGCCUUACUUGACAUGGAUUGAGGAUAUUUUAGCCAAAAACGAAACUCGACAGGACUUCCCGGUCAAUCAUUUCACAAACUUUGUUCAAGUUUUUUAUCAUAAAUUAAAGGCCAAUACAGGCUGAGCAUCUGGUCACACUUGCUCAAAAGUCAAUAAAUAACGAUAACUUACAAGUAAUAGCGUAAAUGUUUUUUUUUAUUUAUUAAUAGAGUAACUUCAACUCUUUUACAGGAUGAACAAUAAAAUUGGGACCACCCAUGUUUUUUUUUUUAAUUUUGACAUUUUGGAGUGCGAUUGAAAAGCGCGUGUGUUAGGCCCCACGAACACAGAGUCAAAUAUAAUAUAUUAUGACAAGGAAUGAACUAAAGAUCAAACAUCUGUUUGUGUUAUAAUAUUCUACCUUGUAUUCAAUACCCUUGCUUCACCAUAACCAGUCCAUCAUGCUCA